AUGAGUAAAUCAUUGAAACAGUUAAAUCACAUCGAACGAGUUUCUCGUCGAACACGUCAUCAUCAAAUAUAUUUAAAUCAAAAGCAAGAUGAAAAAUUCUAUCAGAAUUUAAAUAAUCUGAUUGGUCAAUACGAACAAACUCGUUUACGGUUAAAAGCAUCGGUUAAACUUGAAAAACAACGAAAAGAUGUACUCGAUAUAACUGUUGAACAUAUUUCAAAUGAUCGAAAACGUCAUUCAUUAUCGACAAAUACAAAACAAAUCAAACAGAAAAAUAUUCAAACACUUCCCCAGAUCGAUCCCACAGAACGAUACACGAACAAAAAUCUAAAAAAUCUCCCGUCAUCACCCAUUAAUUUACCUCCUGUUGAAACUCAAUGUCGACUUUUUUCAAAGAAUUGCCAAUUGUAUCCAUGUCAGCCAGUCUACGAAUACACGAGUUUCAAUACAAAAGAUCACGAUCAAACGUUACGACGACGAGAUACUUCCGGUGACAGUUCUCAUUCUGAUUCGUCUUCGUCGAAUCUUCAAGAAUUAGUUUCAGAAAUUAAAGAAAAAAAAUAUGAACCCGAUCGUCGACAAUUAGCAUUGACAAUCGAUAAUCAAUAUCAUCUUGCUAACCGACAUAAUUUUAUGACACGUACAAAGGCACAUCUUGACGCAGAAAGUCGUUUAUUACAAGAACGAUUAGCUGAAAAAACAAAAUUUGACCACGAUCAAGAUUAUCGAAAUAAUUUAAAGCCAGCUAUCCAACGUCAUCUAAAAAUUUCAGCAAAAUUUUGCGCAUGA